AUGGGUGUCCAAGAGGUUUUACUCUAUUUUUUCUGGAAUUUCGUCGGCUUUCAAUUCUUUCUUUUCGUUUGGAAUCGACUGCCAAAACCAAAACCAAUCGACUACACGACGAUCCCGGGAUUAAAGUUGGAAUGCAGUGCUGAAGAGUUGCCUCCACUCAGCAUCCCACCACCACAAUCACUAUCAACAAUACAUAAAGAAAAAGGGCAUUUAAGUGAAAUUUCUAAAACGGAAAGCAUACGCGAAUUUCUUGAGUUCUCGCAUCAACUAUUUGGCCCAAUCUCGUCUUUCUAUUGGGGUCCACGAUAUGUUGUGAUUGUUAGUUCAAAGAAGAUUCUAGCCGAUUUGCGAAAUGCUAGAGAAAAUUUAGUUUGUGCAAAUCCUUACUUACCUGGCUCGGUUUUAUUCGGUGAUUCGAGAUUUUCUUCUAUUUUUCCUCUAAAUAGCGUUUAUAUUGAGAAAACGAUGAAUGGAGAGUGGAAAAAUGAGUUUUCAGAGGAAUUCCAAAAUCAUAUCUUUCAACGAGGGCCGUUUCUUGAUGGCGAAAUGAUGACGAAUGAAAUGAGAGAAAAUCCUCGAGAUAUCAUCCAAUCUUUACAAUUAGUCUUCAAAAUUCUGCAAAAAGAGAUUCAAGAGUCAGAAACGUUGAUCGAUGCCCUGUGUCGACCUUUAGUUUGUCUCUAUGAGAAAGAAAUUGAUGUUGACGCUCAUCCCGUUCCAGCUUGGGUUCCAAUUUUACUUCAUCCUAUGCAAAUUCUUGAUCGAAACUCUGCGACUCUUCUAGACGAUUUUCAUGAAGAGUUCAACUUUCUUCCCGGAUGCUCAUUCAAUGAUCAGCAGCUCAUUGAACUUAAAAAAACUCUUAAAGCUCUUAGAAAA